GACACCUAUCUCUUUCGUGCUCUAACGAGCAGGCAUUAUGCCAACAACCAGUUUGUUCGUAUGUUUUAUCUCACUCUCAAAUAUUUUUCAUCUCGCUUUCAUCCAAAAGCAAUAAACUUUCUUAUACAUAUUGUUUGUGACUCUACUCUAUUCGAGAAUGGAAAAAAGAAAAAAUGUAAGAAUAUUACGAAUAGAGAAGGGUACGAAGGUCGAUGAAUAAUAAUCGCGAAUCGUGAGAGAACCGAGGUCCAGUGGCAUUGCCGAAACAUUUCGACAAAUGCGAGCAAUUUUCAACGGAGCAUCUCCUUUCAAGGAGGCCGUAUAUCUCGAAGCGGAGGCGAGCAGGCGUAUCCAUGAGUUCGCGUAGUCGUGUAGAGUGAGAUUCUCAUAAAGAUUAUCGAAGAGAUAAGUCGAUUUUCAUUACGAAGAUUCACAAACGACGAAGAUACCAAGAUUCCAAACGAAACGCGAAAGUUCUUUCUCGGAUGGACGCGCGAAAUAAGACUCAAGAGAUGGACACGAAAAGAGUCUCGCUUUUUUCGCGCUGACACAGCGCGGCGUCGAUCUAUUUAUUUAACCGCCACGUACGGCGCGCAUCCGGAGGCGAGACCAACUAAAAUUCCGGCGGCGUGUUCAUCCAUACAUAUCGAUGAGGAGCUCCCGCGUACGAGACUACGGUGUCGGUGUACAAGCUAUAAAGGAUGUGCCCCGUACGACGCGACGCGGCCCGACGGCGCAAGAAGGACGAGGGGAAUCGCGAGGACAACGGUCGCAGCGUACCAUCAAGGAUGACGUAUGGCCCGAUCCUCUUCCUCUUAACUUCUUCGCUUCCCUAUGCAAGAAAUUGACUGUUCUGAAUGUUCAAGAGGGUGAAUUAAAAAUACCUUUUAACAAGCCACCACCGAAUCAACCGUUGUUGACAAUGACAAACUUGUUGCCUGCUGAUGCUGAUGAGAAGAUACAGAAAGCUGAUACAUUCGCGAAACAGAAGAAUAUGAUCGGUAAAGGAAGAAGAUCAGAAUUGUUACGUCGUUCACCAGACGGUGGCGAAUUUCUUCUUUCUCAGCCUAUACCCGACGUAGGUGCUUUCUGUUACAUAGCUGUCCUAUCAAAAAAGGAAUGA